AGCCUGGACCGCGGGCGGCCCACAGCCUCCACCGACCGCGGCGCAUGGAACGCGUCGACGCGGUGCUUGCGUGCCUUCGAGAACGCACACGAAAACGCGCUCGCUCGCCCGAACGUGCGCCCUUCUGCGUGUUUUGGAACGCACACACGGCAUCUGCAUCUACCAGCGCGCGCGGCACAUGGUCCUCUCGUGUCCCGACGACCAGCAUCCCCCGGCCGCGUACGCGGGGUCAUCUCUCCGCUCGAGGUGCUCCGAUCAGUAGCACGAGUGUGCCACGAGCGCGACACGCAGCAACGCAGACUAUAAGUGCGGGAAAGGAACCGUCAUGAGCCGCGCCGUCAUUAGCUGACUAAAAACUACGCCAAAAUCGAGCAUGACGUCCAGAAACAGUAGUGGUACCAGAGAAGAUUCGAUAUCGCGACGGUCAGCACGUGUGACAUCGUCCCCAACUAACAAUAAGUCGUAGCAGAAUGUGUUAACGACAUCAAUACAUCUAUCGAUCAACAAGAUCGGAAUCAUCGAUCGACCAAGCAGGCGAGAGAGAGAGAGAGAGAGAGAGAGAGAGAGAGAGAGAGCGAGAUCGGACCGCGAGGAAUUGCGCCUUCCUGCAAGUGGGUCGAACCUGCGACACACGCUUACUCUCACUGCGGAGAGGAGGAGAGCCGUGCCAUUUCGCUGUGGAUGAGAUCCGCGGGAGAUUUGCGGCAAGCCGAGCAUAGGUACGCACGCGCCCGCGCGCAUGUUGCACGCGUGCAUGCACCAGUACAUGCGUGCCUGUGAUGCAUAGCGCAGAGACCAACCACUACGGCAUGAUGCGAUUCUUUGCUCUCGAUAGCUAAAAGCGGGUAAUACGCGGCAUUUGUGGUGAAAAGCGGACUCGAGACUGCGGAAAGGAGAGAAGGUGCCAAGAAAAAGGAGCGACAAACAGAAGAAACGAAGAUAGAAAGAGGGAAGACGGAGAGAGAAAUUGCUCGUGAGACAAGUGGAAGGGAGAAAAAGCAAGAGAGAGAACGAGAAAGAGAUAGGGAGAUAGGGAGAAAGGAAGAGAGAGAGAGGAGCUAGAGAGAGAGUAAUGAUCGUGACAACGGUCGUGCGGACAAAUGAACACCUCGGCACAGCGUUUGGGAUAUUCCAAAGAUGUGAGGAAUGAUCACGUGGAUGAUGGUCGGGCUGCUUCUGGCUGCGGAAACUUGCGGCAGAAACGUCCUCUCCGGAAACGAAAACGGAAACGGAAAGGAGGAGGCGAAGCAGCGGGAGGGCCUGAAGGGUGUCAGCGCGGACGAGGAAGACAUCUAUCGUCUAACGUGCUACACUUGCGUCAACGUCAGCGAUAACCAGAUGUGCAACGAAUGGGCGAUAGACACACCGUGUCCGGUGGGCGGCCGUGAUUUUUGUCGAUCGCUGCACAUUCUGGACAGCCGGGGGAACAGUGUCUUGGUAAGCAAGAGUUGCGCCAGCAGCGAGGAAUGCGGACCAGCGUCGGUCGGUUGCAUUCCCGUGGACACGCAGCAGAUUUGCAUAAGUUGCUGCGACCUGAGCUACUGCAAUAUCGAGUCGCCCACGAACGCCACCAACGCGAUCUAUUCCCGCAAACGACGCGCCAAGUCGAAAUCGAAGCGCAAACGGCCCGGCAGAAACGGGGUCGAUGCGGCGACGCGACUCUACGGAUCCAGCCUGCUCUGGCUUCCCGCCUCGCUCUUCUAUGCAUAUCAUUGCUGAGGAAGCAGUAACAUUACUAACCACGCACGCGAAGCGGACAGCGCGGAAAUCGCGCGCGGAUCGCUCGUCGCACCGACGACGAUAUCGCCGCUCGCCAAACGGCGACAGCGGGCGGCGGGCGGCGCGGCUCGCCGAUCUCUCUAACAAUCGAACGUUCCUUUCUGUGAUUUCUUCUGUAGUAUCUCGUCUAAGUAACCGACACCGCCGUCUAAUUCCGACCAAGCUCUCUGACGAAACUUCCGCGAAACAAUAGGAGACCCGUGUGUUUCACGUGCUUCGAUUUUUCGCGCUCGCCGGGCCGAUCUCGGCGGCGAUUAUCGUCCAAUUACUUGGAAAUAGAGCACACUACUCCUCUAUUUUUCGUACUCUCGUUUGACAUCUUUGUCGCCGUUAACUUUAAUGGGAAUCGUAAAUUUUAACAUACGUUGUAUACGUCGAUUGAACGCGCGCGCUCGCUGUACGAGUACGUUGGAGAAACGAGAUGUUCGGGAAUAAAGCGUCCGUAAGGAAUUGCCUGGGAGUAAGUCCAGAAGAGAUUCAGAGGAACGAGAUCCGUAGUAAGAGCAGUGGCGAAAAACUUGGCGCCGUUUCGCGCUGUCCGAAACGUUAUUAAUCGGGGACUCUCCGAACUAAUCGGGUCCCCCGUGAUGGCAAAAGGAAUUGUUUUCUCGUCGUAGUAUCGGUAGUCGCUAUGCCUCGAAGUAGAAGAAAGACUUAAAGCACAAAGAGUACACGAGGGGUCGAAGAAGACUCGCUACGGAAAUCGAUAGAUCCGAAUUCGUUUCCGGCAAGACGACAAUCUAGACACUACGCAAUAAGGUCGACUACUAAUCACACGAACACGUAGUCUAUCACGACGAUCUAUAUCCCACUUACUUAACGCUCUCUUUCGCAAAAUCAAAAGCUAAAUAACCUGUGUGAUUAAAAGUCAUUAAUUUAGAGACUAUAAUAACAAAGCAUAGACAGUGAAUGUAUCAGGAUACGAAAAAAAAAAAAAAAAAUUGAUUAAACUGAUUUCUCUCUUGAUAUCAAAUAUUUGGUGUGCAUACAUUUAAUUUAAUAAGUGGAAAAUUGAACGGAUAAAAUUACUUGAUAUCACGUGUGACUAGCUGUUAAUAUAUUGAACAUGGAAUGUUUGUUAUAAUUAAGGGCAUAAUUGGUCAAAGUACCCGUUAAAAUUCGAUACG